UUUUUGCAGGAUAUUCCAAGUACUGGAGUGGAUCAAUGGUAUAAACUAGAAGCGCGGACACAAAGGAGCAACAUUCAAGGUAGAAUCAGACUGAAAUUAUGGCUGUCAACAAGAGAGGACCACGGAACAUCCGAGGAAGAUAAUUGGGGCGAGUUGAGGCAACAGGAAAGGCUGUACACAAUUUUCCUUAAUCACGAAAUGAACAAACAAGGGGAAGAUUUUAUUGGAGAAUUGCCACAAACCGCUUUGACAAUCUUACAUCAACAUGCGGUACAAGGUGAUGUCACAGAGUUGCAGCAAGCUUUGAUAAGAUGGGUAGCAAGUUCCCGGCAGCCCGCCGUCGAUCCACGAAUGCUUCAUCGUCUUCUGCAGGAACUUGACAAUCGAUGGCAUACUGAAACAUUGUCGCGCGACGCAGAACAGUGUCUUACGGAUUCCUUCAAUAAUUUUUUGGCAGUAUCUCUGAAAAAAAUUGGACAACAUAGAGUACUAUAUCCGCCUCUGUAUAGGCCGACUAUAUCAAAAUUGGAUUAUCUGCUCAGAUGCUUGGGACUUCUCUCAAAUAUGAAGGCUUUCCGAACCUGUUGCCCUUUUAACAAAGAAAUUCGAGGCGAGAUCAUUACAUAUCUUAGAAAAGGAACUCUUGAAUGGUAUGAAGAUGUAAGACAACAAACAAUGUGUCACGAUCAAGAACCAGAUCAGGACAUUGAUCGAGUUUUGCAAGAUUUCACGAACUUAGUAACUGUAUUAUUAGUUGAUUUGGAGCAGGGGCUUCUAUAUUAUAACAGUCUCUUUGAAAGCACGAAUGGUGUGCCAUAUUUUUCUGCAGUUUACAAGCAACUGGAAAAACUGCUGGCGGAACACGUGGCGAAACACAUGGAGAACACUUCCGAGAUGCAUAAUGAGCUUGGUGCAAGGGUCACCACCGCCUGUCUACAACUUCAUGGUCAAAACAGAGACGAAGAAUAUGUUCUACCACCUGGUGCUGAGAUAGGAACACCGAUAUUCGAACUUUAUUUGGCACUCCAAGAUUUUGUAAACAUGAAGGAUAAUUUACCACAAUCGGACCAUAAAACUUUAGCGAUCUGCAAGUAUUAUGAGUGGUUUAGACCAGCUGUCGACAAAUGGCUGGAUCUGGCGAAACUUAAGGCAAUUCAAAGAGUACGGAGAGCUGCAGAACUCGAUCGAAUCUGCACUGGAGAAUACUUCGUCAAACACUGCACAUCAGCAAUUGAUGCCACUGCAUGCUUUUAUCAGAUUAAAGAAUUCUGGAAGAAAUUGGCGUGGCCAGACUUAACUGGAUCUUACAACUUUGUGUUAAAAGUUAUUGAUGCGAUAUGCAGUUCAGCAGCAUACUACGCAGAGAUAACACAUCAGAAACUAGCAGAUAGCGGAUAUUAUGAGGAAUAUACGCCAUAUAAGACCACAGAUGAGAUGUGUGUAGCUGUUAAUGGUCUCGAAUAUGUGAGAAGAUGGCUGUUGGACUUGGGCGAGGAACUUCGUGUGGAGCAAAUUCUAACGGCUUUAGAGACACAAGCGGGCGAAUCUGUUCGAAUACAAUGGCGAAAUGCUUUAAUAACACCACUGGAGCAAACUCCUGGGCAAAUGUUACUCUUCAUAAACCAAAUAAUCUCGAGAAUUGGGGCAAAGAUGAGACCAACUUUAAAAAAGACGAUGUUUCACUUAGCUUGGUCACCUGAUAAUUUACCGACUACAGAAGCGAUAGAACCUCUUGUGGCAUACCUAGACGAACAUCUGGUGGCACUCAACUCAGCUUUAUUAGCUGCGAAUUUCAAUCGCGUUCUACAGGAUAUUUGGGAAGUAAUUCUUAGUGAGUUAGGCAAUCAAAUGGAUGGAAAUUUAUAGGAUAAACCAGCAAUGUUUUACGAGAGAUUACACGAAGCGCUUGAUUUAUUAGUGAGAUAUUUCAACGCUGACGAUAAGGGUUUGCCUCUAGAAGUAUUACGUCGUCAGAGUUUCAUGAAUGCGGAAGAGCGUCUCCAAUAUCAUAAAAUGGACACAACAUUUUUGAUUGAUCGAUAUUAUCAGCAACGUCUUCUGGACCAACUUAGCACAACUAGUUAUGAAUAUGGAGUUUUAACUGUACGAGCUUAUUUGAAUCACGAUUCUCUUUGCGUCGAAGUGAUAAAUGCCAGAGAUGUUAUACCAUUAGACCCGAAUGGAUUCAGUGAUCCUUUCGUAAUAAUUGAAUUGUUACCGCGACGAAUGUUUGAGCAUUGUGCCGAGCAACAAACUAACGUCAAAAAGAGAACUCUAAAUCCCAUGUUUGACGAAUGUUUUGAAUUUUCAGUAAAUGUUGAGCAAUGUCGUGAUCCUAAUGCAAUGGUCCUUUUUACGGUGAUGGAUCAUGACGUUCUUACAGCAAAUGAUUUCGCAGGCGAGGCUUUUCUAGGACUCAGUACCAUUCCUGGCGUCGCCGACACAAAUACCAGCAUAGAGAAUUUUCAUGGCCUCAAGCAUCAAGAAUUACCGCUUAUGCACCAGAAAAAUCGACAUCAUCCAAUCCUUCAAAUAUUGGAAACUCGAGUCGGCGACAAAAUGGCUAUUGACUUUGUGAAAAAGCAGAAACAACGAUUCGCCACGACGUAAGCGCAUUACGCGCUGAACGAAACAAAGGGAGAAAAUUAUUGCGGUUGUGCCGCUAUCAAGACUUGUAUACUAAUCUUAAGAGUCAAUGAUGAAGAUCGAAGAGAAAAAAAAGAGAAGAAAGUCCAUCCCUGCGAUAUAUCGUCGAUUCUCACUUUCUCUCUCUCUCUCUCACGCACUCUACCUUUCUGCCUAUCUUUCUACCAGCCUUCAUUCCAAAGAUUCGUCAGAUCUAUUUCAGUAUAAAUCGUGUUGAAUAUAAUCAGUGUUGGAUCAAAAAAAAAUAAGGAAAAAAAAA